AUGCCUGGUAAUCCAGCGCGGCUAAUCAGCACGGCUAAUCAGCUUCGUCCUACAAGUGUUUUGCCAACCGUUGACAGUCGACUGGCGUAUUCUGAGCAGCAUAUUCGUCAUCCUGUGGAAUCACCUGAUAGCUGGACCGAAGAGUUCGAUAUCGAAGAUCAGAAUGACCCCGACGCUUACUGGUCCAGCGAGGCAGAGGCGCCAACCGAGGACAUUAUCAGUCCAGAGGCCAACGAGGCUAUCGACGACCGUACAAUGAUCGACCGAACGAUGCCGACAGAAAGAAAGACCGCGACCGAUACCGCAACCAAGGCUACAACGAUCGACGCGGCAGUUAUGGUUACCGGAACUAUAACAGUCGCCCUGGCCCUCGCAGAUGGAGACGGUGGAAGUCGGAACGUACCCCCUUCAGCUACCUUUCUUCCUCUUCCAAUACAGACUAUGCUGAAAUCUGACACUAUCUUACGGGACGGUCUUAUGACAAGGAGAGUCCAAUGA